AGGAGCUCCCUAUCCGCACAGCUGGAGCAGAGUUGUCGAGAGCAUUGCGAAGUUUUUUCAAGCAUCGCGCCACGGAGACCGUCCCACACUCAUCGUCGCAAUCCAUCUACCUGCAGCGUAGCUUUGCCUCCACCUCACCUGCUUCGUCCCAGUUGGGUUCUUGAGAAUUUCCAGAAACAGUCUCGAAAUCAUGAGUUCUUCAGUCGCUAUCGUUUUUCUGGGACCUUUGCAAAUGUUGCAUUCUCCGUAGCUCUUGCCUUUUGGCGUCGCCGUCGGAAUGCACCGAUGCCGUGGUUUUGUUCCGACAGAUCGUAUCUGCAGCGUGUUGGAAGAGGAGCUGAAGGUUGGGAGAGAUGGCGGUGAAUGGGGGGGUCCCUCCGGCGUACUGCUUGCCGUGUAGGCGUCGGGUGCUACAUUUGGAGUCUUUGUCUCGGUUCUCGACUUCGAAACCUUUGCUCAUUCGAGUUCCGAUUGGGAGGAGGAACUUUCAUUUUACUUCUGAUUUUUCCCAGUUGAUUGUGGCGAAAUCCUCGUGGGGGUUUAGGGGUAAGGAAGGUGCGGGCGAUGCAAGGGAGGUUAAGAGAAAUGCUGCGUAUGGUGUGUCUAGAGGUAUUUUGCGAACCCGGAAGCCGAACGAGAGGAAAGAGGUGCGGGAUGUUGUAAAUGAUGAUGAUGAUGAUAGUGAUAGUGAUUGUGCAGAUUGGGAGGAAUUUGACAGUGAUUAUGUGGAGACUUCUGGAAGGUUUAUGCAGAAUCGCAGUGGGGCUAGUAUCUCUAGGGCAAGUAGUGUUGACAGGAACAGAAUUGGAGCAGAUGCAAAUUAUGGCACAGAAUUCGGCAACUCCAAGUACGAGGGUCGAAGUAGGUACAGCAAUGGAAACAUAAUUUCAUCGUUGGGUGAAGAUUUUGAGCGGGAGUGGAGGCAACCACUUAGCUCGAAAGUUCCGGACAGUCCCAGGAAGUUGAGACUUCCAUCUAAAAGCAGUGGCUUGGAGCGUCGGAGUAGGGAAAUUAGGCCGAGACAGGAGAAGCACGUCAGAGACGAUUAUGACGUAAUAGGUGGCUGGAUGGGGACCAGGGAACCAAGCGAGAAUUUCAAAAACUCGAGCAUAUACAAGCAACCCUCGGUACCAUUGGACAAUGCUGUGAAGCAUCAACGAGGCGUUGGGUCAAAUCGAUACCCCUCGCCUCCUCCGUCCUCUGGAAAAGUCCCGAAAUACCUGAGACCGAUACAUGAAAAGACGAAGUCCUUAAAUCGAAAGCGACCUAAAUCUAAGCUCUCCUCUCCCACUGAAUCAACCCCUGAGACACCCACCCCUCAUUUUCAACUCCAAACUAGAAAUACGACCGACUAUGCUACAUCCUCUGAUUUUAUUAUACCUCCUGUUAUUAAACCUGAGCUUCCUUAUCAGUUCAGCUACUCCGAAACUCCUAAAGAGACUCCGCUAGGGUACCGGGAGCCGUUGUACUCUCCUUUCGGACAUGAAGGGGUGACCAGACCAUAUCUGGGAAGGCCGUCCAAGAUGAAGAAAACAAAGAAGAUACGGGCAGAGUCUUGGGGUUCUUUCGAUUCGCCACGAGCUGACAAGAAUGAUGUCAAACCUAUUCACAGGUCGGGGUCUCAUCCAGAACCUCAACCUUUGGGGAAAUCACGGGCGAAAAUAUUGGGCGCUCCUCUCACCACUGCAGAAGUAGAGGAGCUUGUAAUGCAAUGUCAGAAAGAGGAUCGUCAGCUCAAUUUAGGGAGGGAUGGUUUCACGCACAACAUGCUGGCUUCUGUGCAUGACUAUUGGAAGCGUCGUCAAGUUGUUAGAAUAAAGUGCAAAGGUGUUCCCACCGUAGACAUGGACAACGUUUGCACCGUUCUCGAGGAUAAGACUGGAGGCAAGAUAAUCUCUCGUGCAGGAGGUGUAGUGUAUCUCUUUCGUGGUCGCAAUUAUAAUUAUAACACUCGACCUAAGAUUCCACUAAUGCUGUGGAGACCUCCAGCACCUGUAUACCCUAAGCUUAUACAACGCGCACCUGAGGGUUUGACUGUUGAAGAGGCUGACAGCUUACGGAGGCGUGGGCGGAAAAUUCCAGCAAUAUGUCAUUUGGGUAAAAAUGGAGUGUAUUUAAAUCUUGUCCGGGAUGUGCGAAAUGCUUUUCAAGCUGACAAUUUGGUCAAAGUAGACUGCGAAAAAAUGAAUACCCAUGACCUCAGGAAGAUCGGUGCCAAACUUAAGGAUCUAGUUCCAUGUGUUCUCCUUUCCUUCGACCAUGAAUGUAUUUUGAUGUGGAAAGGACCUGAGUCAGUUGAGAGCUCAAAUGAGCUCGAAGACGACUACUCUAGAAAAUCUGGACCGUCUGCUUCAAAAGAUUCCUCUGAGAAUGGUAACAACGAGGACGAUGAAUGGAGAUCGAAGAGUGGUCCAGAUAUAGAUAGUGACGCAGAUGAAUCAAUUAUUGCUGGAGAUGAAGACUGGGAGGCAGCACAUAAGAAUGAUGAGGCACAAGAACCGAUUCAGGAAGAGGGAGACUUUAGUUUGACAAAACAUAGAGCCUUAAUUUCUGAAACAGAUGUUCCGCUGCACGAUACAGAUGCCGAAUCUCAUGCAGGAUCUGAUGUUAAAUCCUCUUAUUGCGAGGAAGAAGCCGAGCUGCCAGGCAAGGAUAUCACGAAACCAGAAUUUAACGAGGCAAUUAGAGAAUUUGAGUCUUUAUGGCAAGCAGCUAACUCCUCUGGCGAGGUUUUGCUAUUGGAUGAGCGUGAAGUUGACCCUGACCAUAUUCUGGAGCUGGUGAAGGACCAUUUUGGUGGAGUUCCGAUGAAACCUCGUACCAAAGGGAUUGCAAGCAAGAACACUGCUAGAUCAGCUGCAAUGAAAACUACAAAGCUGGAGAGGGUGCCCAGGGAUUCUUCUGGGCUUGUGCAAGUUGACGAAUUGGCUAGACUCUUAGCUCCAUGAGCUAUUCUAGAUGCCAAGAAUUCUGUAGUAUUUCCACGAUGUGAUUCCUUCAGCUGCCGAUGCUCGAUGUAGAAAUAUUGCGCUACCUACAAUGCAAGAUGCUGGUUUUUUCACUUCGAAAGAAACUUGCUUCCUGUCCACUUUUCAAGUGUUGGACCGUCCAAGUUUCAGAAGAGGGUUGUAAUUUUAAUGUGACAGCUUUUUUAGUUCCAAUCUUCAUGAUUGUUGAUCAAAUAGAUUUCCAAAUUCCCGUAGGCGUCUGUAAACGGCAUGACAGGAUAUACUUGAAGGCAAACUUUCUUA